UGUCCUGCUCCUGCUGCUCUCCUCCCCCCUCCCCCAUGAAAGAAAGGCCAUGGCUCUUCUGCCUGUGGCCAUGGCCGCUCCCUCCUUUCCUCUCCUCCUCCUCCUCCAUACCACAGCCGUCGCUUCCCUCUCUUGUCGUCUCCAAUAAAUCAUCCUUCAAACGAUUUUCUGAACCCGUCCUUAUUGAUUCCUCAUCCCUCUUCGUUUUUUCCUUCUUGGCUCUAAUCCUGGGCGCCUAUCGUGUCUACUUUCUCCCUGGUUCGCAAGCAAUUACGAGUUGUGAGAUCAAUACCCAGUGCUUCCCCGACGUGAUACCAGCAUCACCCAACUCUUGAACUGUAAGUAAGCAUAGCCGGGGGUAAGGUUAUCCAUGAAACAUAUGAUCGCAGCAGUUCCAAAAGGAUUCCAACCACUUCAAGACGUAUGCCUCCAUAAAAGAUGCAAAGUUGUAGUCUUCUUCACCUCCGUCACGCAUAUCUCGGGGCGAGACGUUGGUGCAGCAUCAGCGGCUAUUGCACGGUUAAGGCGAGGGAGAAAACUCCAUUUAUACACAAGUAAUAUCACGAAUGAUAGUACUUUCUUGGCAUUCGUGAUAUCUGAGCCUGAUGUGGAGAACGAGAAGGCUAUGAUUAAAGAGGUUCUAGAGGGGAGCAAUGAUCCACACCGUAGGCUGCGAGAUAGAGCUGGAAGUUGGCUGUCGCGGCUACCUACACCACGGUAUGCUCCAUUCUGGUCGCAGUUUCGAGCUCUGCUGCGAACAUGGGUGGCAAUGAAGUGGUACGAUCCUAAGAUAAUGCAGAGCUUGGUAACAACGAUUAAGGGGCCCAUUGAUCAGCAUCAUCAUCAUAAUAAUCGUAAGAAAAGACUGUAUGGAACCUGUGCAGUGGUGGGCAACAGUGGAAUCCUGUUAAAUAGUACGUUUGGGAAGAUGAUUGACGCACAUGAGGAGAUUGUGCGGCUAAAUAACGCAAGGAUAAAAGGGUUUGAGAAGUAUGUGGGAGGAAAGACAACUAUUGUGUUCAUGAAUAACAACAUUCUGCACAAAUGUGCACGUCGAGUGCGUUGCUACUGCCACCCUUAUGGAGACAAUAUUUCGAUUGUGAUGUAUGUCAGCCAGGUGCCUCACUUAAUGGACAUGGCCAUGUGUAACCCUGUGCACGCGGCGCCUCUACUGGUGACCGAUCCUUGUUUUGACGCUCUGACAUCGUGCAUUGCAAAGUGAUACUCGGUGCGCGAGUUCAUGGAGCAAAUUAGGAAGGUAGUGAAUGAAUGGCCAUGGGUGCAAGGGUUUCACUACUCAUCAGGCAUGCAGGCGGUGAUGCUUGCGCUGGGCAUCUGUGAGGAGGUUGAUCUUUAUGGAUUUGAAAAAGGAACAGGUACAAACAAGACUGUGUCUAGGCAUCACUACCACAUGGCGCAGCGAAAAGAACUUCACAUACAUGAUUAUGAAGCGGAGUAUGUCUUCUAUGAUGACCUUGUCAUGGCAUCUCACUCGAAUAGCGGGAGUAAUCAUCCGAUACCUUUCCUUUGUGAUGCGGGAAUUCGCAUUCCUCCUGUGCGCGUGUUUGGAGGAUAGUUUUAUUGGUGAGCAGUAAGAUUGUUAAUUCCAAUACCAAUGAACAUGGCGAACAAGAUUAAUGUCUUGGUUGGAUAUAUGGAGAAUUCAAUGACCUUGAGUCUACUUGGUCCAAUCUACCAUUUCCACUUAGGGACUUGGUUGGGCUUGCAUUGUUUAGUAGAACGUGGAUGGGAUUGUGGCAUCCAUAUUUUGUAGCUAAGUGGUUGUUCAAUUCACAAUAUUUGUGUGGAAUGUUUUGUGCAUCUUACGUAGUCUAGUUUAAUUGGUGCAAGGA